AUGUGUGUUGAAGUAGACAGCGAGAAUGCACAAAAUGGAAAAGGAAGAGUUCUCUCAGAGCUUCCGGAGCCAUAUAAUCCAGAAAACAGACCGACAAGCGAUGAUACACUUCGAACUCCAUCACACGAGACUGAACUCGUCAAGACCUCGCUUACAAAAGCAGCAAGUAAGGGCAAUCCAAUAGAAGAUGUUUCAGUUUCAUCUUAA